AUGAGGGUCAUUGCUCUUCUCUCUCUCGCCUCGAUGGCAAGUGCCUUCAUCGCCCCUACACCCUUGGCCCGUCGUGCCACCGGCGCGGUGCGCAUGGCCGCGGAUGACGACCUGUCUACUGCGCUUCCUUUCGACAAGCGACCGCCCAACCUGGACGGCAGCCUUCCUGGGGAUGUGGGUUUUGACCCGGUCGGCUUCUCGAACAACCCUCCCCGUCCUUGGCUGAUCGGAGGCUCGGGCCGCUCCCUGAAGUGGUACCGUGAAGCAGAGAUUGUUCACGGCCGAGUCGCCAUGCUUGCCGCCCUCGGAUGGGUGUUCCCCAACAUCUAUCACCUUCCGGGGAACGAGGACGUUGGUGUGGAUGCGUUUGCGAACCUGAACCCUUUCGGGGCUUUGACCACCGUCCCGGCCGCGGGCCUCUGGCAGAUCGCCGCCACGGUGGGCGCGAUUGAGCUUUUCCGCGUGAACCGUGUCAUCCGUGGAGACAAGGAGGCGGGUGAUCUCGGACUCGGCCAGGGAGAGGGGCGAUGGAACCCCUUCGGAUUCAACUACUCCGAGGAGGAGUAUGCCGAGAAGCAGUUGCAGGAGAUCAAGAACGGACGUCUGGCGAUGGUGGGCAUCUUGGGUCUUCUUUUGCAGGCCAGUGUGACUGGGAAGGGUAUUGUGCAGCAGCUGGGGGGCUCUUUCGACGUGCCUGAAGCUGUCUCCAAGGCUGGCUACUACUUCCCUGACGGCGUCUAA